CACAAUCAACCGACUAAUAAUUACAUCACGCUGAAGGCCGAGUCAUUUGCCGCUAAGCCCAUGAUUUUGGUACCGUUUAUCAAAUAUACACACGCCCAUAAACUCAUUUGAUGAAAUCAGGGAGCAAAAUUUAGAGGUCAACGCAUGCCAGCCUCGAUGUAUGUGUCUGUCUAACUAUUCUUGUCCUUGUACAACUCUGCUUCCUCCUCCUCCUUCCUCCUUCUCUAGCUCUCACCCAUCCGCCAUGACCAAGGCCGUGACAAGGCACCGGACACAUCGCAAGAAUCCAGCGGCCUCCCUCCCUUGGCCGCCAUGGUCUUCCUCCACCGCUGCCCCCGGCGCCAUUGUGCUCUGCUUCUCCUCGUAGUCUUGCAGGUGCUGACACCGGCGUGCUUCAGCGACGACACGCCGUCGCCGGAGACUGCCGCGCUGCUGCUACUCAAGAACUCCUUCACGAACGCGACGAGCUUGUCUUCGUGGACCAAUUCCACCGGCGGCGGCCCCUGCGACAGCCGCUGGGACGGCGUCAUUUGCCAGAAAGGCAGCGUCGCCGGCCUCGACCUCGCUGGCGUAGGCCUCUCCGGCGAUAUCGACGUCGACGCGCUCGCGCAACUCGCUGACCUCCGCACCGUGAGCUUCGCCGAUAACUAUUUCUCUGGCGGCAUUCCGGCCCUCAACCGCCUUCACACCCUCAGGGCCAUCUACCUCUCCCGCAACCUCUUCUCCGGCGACAUACCCGGCGACUUCUUCGACGACAUGACUCGCCUGAAGAAGCUCUGCAUCAACGACAACGACUUCACCGGGUUGAUUCCUUACUCGCUGUCCAGGGCUUCGGCCAUGAUGGAGCUCCAGCUGCAGAACAACCACUUCGCCGGGACGAUUCCGGCGCUCGUGUUGCCGUCUCUUUCCGCCUUCAACGUGUCGAACAACGAGCUCGAGGGGGUGAUCCCGGAUGUGUACUCCAAGUUUAACGCGAGCUCGUUCCUCGGCAAUGAGAACUUGUGCGGGGAGGCACAGUUCGGCGACCAGCCCUGCAAGGAGGUGGUGGCGAGCAACGGGAAGGUGGCGGCGAUCUUUGUGCUCGUCGUCUUCCUCAUCUGCUUGGUCGUUUACUUAAUCACGACGCGGGAGCAGAAGGGAGAGGAGCCGCUGGAUCUCGAUGCGAUGAAUGACGAGAAAGUGAUGGAAGCAGCGAAAGAGGUGAGAUUCCGGCGAGUUCAGAGUAUCGCGAAAGAGGGCGAGGUGGGGCAGUCGCGAAGGAUGGGCUCGGCGGAGAACAACGGAGGCGGAGGCGGAGGCGGGGCGGGGGACUUGGUGAUGGUGAACGAGGUGAAGGGGGUAUUUGGGCUGCCGGAAUUGAUGAAGGCAUCGGCGGAGGUGAUGGGCGGCGGGGGGAUGGGAUCGGCAUAUAAGGCGGUGAUGACGAGCGGCGUCGCGGUGGUGGUGAAGCGGAUGCGGGACAUGAACCGGAUGGGGAAGGAGGCCUUCGACGGCCAUCUCCAGCGGCUGGGGAGCCUGGACCACCCCAACGUGCUGCCGCCUCUGGCGUACCAUUACCGGAAGGAUGAGAAGCUGUUCGUCUACGAGUACAUCCCCAAGGGAAGCUUGCUCUACGUCCUCCACGGCGACCGAGGGAUCGACCACGCGUCGCUGGAUUGGCCGAGGCGAGCAAAGAUUGCGAAGGGCGUCGCGCGCGGGCUCGCCUACCUCCACGACCAGUUCCCCUCCGACGAGGCGGAGGCGGCGGCGCCGGCGCCGCACGGCAACCUCAAGUCCGGCAACGUCCUGCUCGCUCCCGACUUCGAGCCGCUCCUCGUCGACUACGGCUUCCUGCCGUUGCUCAACCCCACGGCGAUGACCAUGCAGGCCCAUCGGGCGCCCGAGGUCGCCGCCGGCAGCGGGCCGGCGACGCAACGGUCCGACGUCUUCUGCCUCGGCGUCGUCCUCCUCGAGCUCCUCACCGGGAAGUUCCCGUCGCAGUACCUCGGCGACGGUGCCAAGGCCGGAGGCGGCGGCACCGACGUCGUCCACUGGGCGACGUACGCCGUCGGGGAGGGGCGGGAGGCGGAGAUACUGGACCCCACGAUCGUCGCCGGGCCCCACGGCGCCGCGUGGGUGCCGGAGAUGAAGCGGCUGGUUCGGGUGGGGGUGGACUGCUCCGCGGCGGAGCCCGAGCGGAGAAUUGAGCUGCGGGAAGCCGUGGCGCGCAUAGAGGAGGUGGCGGCGGGCGGGAGGGAUGGUGCUGGGCAGCGGCCGAGCUAAGCCCAAUUAACACGUGGAGGGAGACGUCAAACGAUGAAUUAAUUCAAAAGCAUUAGAAAUGACUCAUUAGUAUUAUUUAUUUUCUCAAAACUCAUUAUUAUUUUUUAAGUUUGUAAAUAAGUGCUAUAGAAAUGACUUGUUUAUCGACUCAAUUACUUGAUUAAACUUGUUAUAUAAUGUAACUAACUUUUAAAUAUUCAUACUUUAUAUAAUUUUAUAUUUAAUACAUUUAAAAUGAUUGUAGCAAAUGAUGAAGAUAUAAGAGAUCGAGUCUACUAGAAUAGGAGAAUUUUAAAGGCUCUUGUGG